AUGGCAGCCAAAAAAACCCAAUCUCUCACCCUACCUUUCAAGACACGUGUACAAGUCGCAUUACUCGGCCUCGUCAUUGACGGUGUUCGUCGAAAUAACGGCACCAUCAACCGCGGUGUCAUGAAACUGUUUGACCGCCGCGUACCUGCCAAACCAAUCUCAAGUAACUCAGUCUCCUCCCACGACGUCGUUUUCGAUCCUUCUAACAACCUCUGGUUCCGCCUCUUCGUCCCUCACAAAGCCGACAUUGUUGCGUCACUCCCGAUCAUCGUCUUCUUCCACGGAGGAGGUUUUUCCCUCCUGAGCGCCGCAUCUAGCGUUUAUGACGCCGUCUGUCGCCGCUUUGCUCGUGAGCUAAAAGUUGUCGUCUGCUCCGUCGAGUAUCGCCUCUCGCCGGAGCAAAAGUUCCCUAGUCAGUACGAUGACGGUUUCUCCGUCCUCAAGUUCCUGGAUAAACCUCACAAUCGUCGCGACAUUCCUCACUGGCCGGGAAAUGCUGAUGUAUCAACUGUCUUCCUUGCCGGAGAUUCCGCCGGCGCUAACCUCGCACACCACCUUUCCGUCAGCUAUGCAAAAUCAUCAUCCUCCUUUUCUCUCCUCAAACUCGCCGGACUCAUUAACAUCCAGCCUUUUUUAGGCGGGAAAGAACGAGUCAACUCGGAGGUUGAACUUGAAGGGAUGCCAAUAGUUUCGCUAGAGAGAAAUGAUUGGAUGUGGAAGGCUUUUUUACCCGAAGGAAAAGAUUUAGAUCAUUGGGCCGUGAAUGUAUGUGGGCCCAACGCGUUGGAUAUACGUGGGCUUGAAUUGCCACCCGUAUUAUUGUUUGUGGGUGGAUUUGACCCGAUGAAGGAUCGGCAAAAGAAGUAUUAUGAGUGGUUGAGAAGAAAUGACAAGGAUGUGAAGUUAGUGGAGUAUUCUGAUGCGAUUCAUGCAUUUUACAUUUUCCCUCAAUUGCCUCAUGCUAAUUUGUUGAUGGCUGAAAUUAAGGACUUUAUUAACAAGCAUAAGUUCUAA